AUGACUACUAUUCCAGAGAAGGCAACUGUUCUUGUGAUUGGAGGCGGGCCGGGAGGUUCUUACGCCGCUACGGCACUUGCAAGAGAGGGCGUUGAUGUGGUUUUGCUUGAGGCAGACAAAUUUCCUCGUUACCACAUCGGCGAGAGCAUGUUGGCGUCCAUGCGCCAUUUUCUUCGCUUCAUCGAUCUUGACUCCACAUUCGACAAUCAUGGUUUCAUCAAAAAGCGCGGGGCAGCCUUCAAGCUGAAUGACAAACCCGAAGGCUUUACCGAUUUCAUUGCUGCGGGAGGACCGGGAAACUAUGCCUGGAAUGUGAUUCGCUCAGAAGCGGACUACCUAAUGUUUCAGCAUGCUGGAAAGAGCGGCGUAAAGACAUUCGAUCAAGUAGCCGUCAGAUCAUUGGAAUUCACUCCAUGUGACCUCGAACUACCGGAUCCGAAAACACCAAGCCCUGGCAGAGCGGUCGCAGCUUGCUGGUCUAGCAAGGUUGACGGUACAUCUGGCAAAAUCAGUUUCGAUUAUUUAGUUGAUGCGAGUGGUCGUUUCGGCAUAACGAGCACGAAGUAUCUUAAAAACCGCAAGUUCAAUCAGGGAUUGAAGAACAUCGCCAACUGGUCGUAUUGGAAGAACGCGGGAAGAUACGCGGUUGGAACCCAGAGAGAGGGUCAGCCCUUUUUUGAGGCCCUAAGUGAUGCAAGCGGCUGGUGCUGGUUGAUUCCACUCCAUGAUGGUACUGCCUCUGUCGGUAUUGUUCAGAAUCAGGAUGCGGCCGCUGCCAAGAAAAAAGCCAUGGAUUCGCCAUCACAACAUGACUUCUACAUUGAAAGCUUAAAGCUAGCGCCGAGGAUUCAGGCACUGCUUGCCCAAGGAGAGAUGACGGCUCCUGUUAAACAAGCCUCUGACUGGUCGUAUAGUGCAUCAUGCUACGCUUCGCCUAACGUUCGAAUUGUUGGUGAUGCUGGGUGCUUUAUCGAUCCCUAUUUCUCCUCUGGGGUGCACCUUGCGCUUUCCGGUGCCAUGUCGGCAGCUUGCACAAUUCGUGCUGUGCAGCGUGAAGAAUGCGACGAAAAAGCUGCAAUGGACUGGCACUCGAAGAAGGUGGCCGAAGGCUAUACACGCUUCCUGCUCGUCGUCCUCAGUGCCAUGAGACAGAUCCGCAAGUCAGAUCAACCAAUCCUGAGCGACUGGGACGAGGAAGGUUUCGACCGCGCUUUUGCAUUCUUCCGUCCAAUCAUUCAGGGAACCGCCGACGUCAGUAACAAGCUGAGCCAAGAAGAGUUGGCCAAGACGAUUGACUUUUGUCUCAAUGCUUUCCAACAUCACGACGCCGAUGCGAGAGACGCUAUGAUCAAAAAGCUGCAGGAGCACGAGCAGGAAGCUAGAAUGCGUGGAGAUGUUCAAGCCAAGGCAGAUAUUGAUCCAGAUUCACUCACUCCAGAAGAAUUGCAGGUGUUGAAGACUAUUCGCGCUCGACAAAUGCUGAGAACCGAAGAUGUUAUCAAUAUCGAUUCCUUCGGAACUGACGCAAUUGAUGGGUUCGCUCCACGGGUGAAGCACGGAGAGCUGGGACUUAUGAAGGGUAAGAACUCCGGCCCAGCUGCUCCCAAGAUGGAUCUCUUUGCAAAGGCGAAAGAGGAGCCUGCAAUGCAGACGCAAGUGGGUACUGCAGUCACAGCGCAUUGA